AUGGAGCUGUUGGAGAUGAAGAAAGUUUACUACUCCUUCCGUCUCAAUAAAAAUGAGACAUUGAGACUUUUAUUGGCUUUUAUGAAGGCAUGGAUUGCAGUUUGUAGAGCGAGAUCGAGCAUGGCUGUCCUCAAUGUACCAAGAGGGAAGAAGUUCUCGCUUAAGCCCUCCCAAUUUGGAUGUCCAUGCAACUCACCUAACGUCCAUUUCCGAGUUGGAGGAGAAAUUGUUGGUCCAAGCAAACUAUCAGAUUGGAGAGGCUGUCACGUUUCGAGGUGGCUUUCCUUUCGAGAUGUAAAUGGACUAACUGUUGAUGGAAAUGGCCUAAUUGACGGCCAAGGAGCUAUUUGGUGGAAGUAUGCUGGAGAUGCGAAACCAAGACCUUUGGCAUUGGGAUUUUCCUCAUGCAAUAACCUUAAACUCAGUGGAUUAACACACAUCAACAGCCCUAGAAGUCAUAUCUCAAUAAAUUCAUGCACAAAUGUAACCAUCACAAAUCUUCGUAUAAUUGCCCCAGAAACAAGCUAUAAUACUGAUGGCAUUGACAUCUCUUCUUCAUCCAAUGUUCGAAUUCAAGAUUGCUACAUUGGAACAGGUGAUGAUUGUAUUGCAAUUAACUCGGGCUGCAAUAAUAUCAGCAUUGCUGGCGUGGACUGUGGGCCAGGCCAUGGUAUAAGUGUUGGAAGCUUAGGAAAAGGCGGGGCAAAGGCAGGAGUGGAAGAUAUACGUGUAGAACACUGUACUUUCAAUGGUACCCUAAAUGGAGCAAGGAUCAAAACAUGGCAGGUAAUUGAAGAUUAA